AUGGCGGUCACCACCACCACUGAACCCUCCUCCAAACCCGCCUCCGAAUCCUCCUCCAAACCCGCCUCCGAAAACGCCUCCAAACCCGCCACCAAAACAGCUUUAGAACUUGCCGACGAACGGGCCUCCAAACCGGCCACCAACCCGGGUCCCAAUCUCCUCGGCCGCCCCAUCGACAGCCAUUUUCUAGUCAGGAUCCCCGUACUGCUCAUCCUGACGCUCUUGAUCCAAUCAUUCUCGUUCACCAGCACCAGAAACAUUCCCACAACUUUCCUCGCCAACUUAGCCCAGUCCACCGCAGCAACCUUUGCGAUCCAGACGGCCGUCGCCGUUCCCUCGAUUCUCUUGCAAAAUGAAAAGUUAUACGAUCUAUCCGGGACGGGCAACUUCGUGGUAGUUAUUGCGAUGAGUCUGGCUCGGACAGCGCGGUUGAACCAAGGGCCUGGAAGCGAGGUGGGGGUUGUCGAUGUCCUGGGGGCCAUCACGAGGAUCUUGAAAGGAGAGGGCAUUUACAAUGGUGGUGUCUGGGAGGAGUUGGGCGUGGAUUGGAGACAGGGCUGGGUGACGGCACUUGUUUACGUGUGGGCUGUGAGACUGGGCCUAUAUACGUUCAUCCGGUCGAUUUGCCGAGGGGGCGACUCUCGUUUCGAUAAGUUCCGCGACAACCCGAGGAAGUUCUUCGCCGUUUUCAUGGCCCAAGGCAUUUGGGUCACACUUUGCACCGUUCCGGUCGUUGCCGUUAACUCAAUCCUGGCCGAUGGGUUUCCUAGCUCUGACUGGAGGACCAGUUCACCUGCUGCCGCGUUCAUCAGGGCAGUCUGGUUCACUCUCGGCCUGUGGUCUUUCUUGCGGGGCUUCGCGAUUGAGUGCCUGGCCGAUUGGCAGCUAUCAAAGUGGCUCUUGGACAGGCACUGGAAAAAGCACGAGGAGGUGUUUUGCGGCAAGGGACUUUGGGACAGGUGCCGCCACCCCAAUUAUUACGGCGAGUGUCUUGUGUGGCUCGGUAUCUCCAUGUGCUCCGCCGCCGUCCUCAUGUCAUCAGCUGCUCAGAAAUCCACUCGCCUCGGGUUUUUCACAGUGUGGAUUCUAUGCUCCCUCACGCCGUACUUCGUCUACAAGCUGCUGCGAAACAUCAGCAUCCCAGUGAUCGAAGAAAAGAUGGAUUGGAAAUACAUGGAAAUCAAGGAAUAUCGCAUUUGGAGAAGGGACAGAACGCUCAGGAUCUGGCUUGAUGGCGCCGGUAUUAUCUAUGGUUGUGCCUGA